AUGACGGCACUUCCAGAAGUUGCCUCCAUGUCUGUUCCCUUGGUGGUAACCAUAGGCAUUGUUCCUCUGGUCUUUUAUGUCCUGGAUCGAAUGGCCCCACUGUGGCCGACAUCUAAGAAGGUCUUUUUGAUAGGCAAGAAGAAACCAGAAACAGUGACGUCCUUUGAAUGUCCAUACGCCUACAUCCGGCAGAUCUACGGCAAAUACCACUGGGAACCAUUCGUGCAGAAGCUCUCCCCGAGGCUCAAGGAUGAGGACCCAGCCAAGUAUAAAAUGGUACUGGAAAUCAUGGAUGCUAUUCAUCUGUGUUUAAUGUUGGUCGAUGAUAUCACCGACAACAGCGACUUUCGAAAGGGAAACCCAGCCGCCCAUCGGAUAUACGGUCCAUCGGAGACGGCAAACCGCGCCUACUAUCGAGUAACGCAGAUUCUCAAUGAAACGGUUCAGCGGUUCCCAAACCUGGCUCCAUUCCUACUGCAGAACCUGGAAGAGAUCCUCGAGGGUCAAGAUCUGUCCCUGAUCUGGCGACGAGAUGGACUGAGCAGCCUCUCCACCAAUCCGGAGGAACGAGUUGCGGCGUAUCGCAAGAUGGCGUCGUUGAAAACCGGAGCUCUCUUCCGGUUGCUAGGCCAGUUGGUGAUGGAGAACAAGUCGAUGGAUGAGACGAUGACGACUGUUGCAUGGUGCUCCCAGCUCCAGAAUGACUGCAAGAAUGUCUACUCGUCCGAAUACGCCAAGGCUAAAGGCGCGCUGGCUGAAGACCUGCGCAACCAGGAGCUGUCCUAUCCGAUUAUCCUUGCCCUGGAGGCCCCCGAAGGCCACUGGGUAGCGAGUGCACUAGAGAGCAGCUCACCGCGCAAUAUUCGCAACGCGCUCGCCGUGAUUCAGAGCGAGAGGGUGCGCAAAGCCUGCUUUACGGAGCUCAAAUCCGCGAGUGCUUCGGUCCAAGACUGGUUAGCUAUCUGGGGGCGAAACGAGAAGAUGAAUCUGAAGAGCCAGCAGGCAUAG